AUGAAGUUCGCCAUAUCUGCCAAAACGCAGGAGCUUAUUGAUCUUGAACUCAAGUACUGCGCAGGUGGCUUCCAGCCAUUGCCUGCGUUCUUUGUUCGUGGCAAAGGAUGCAGACUCUGGGAUGUUGACGGCAAGGAAUACCUCGACUUCAUCGCCAUGUUUAGCGCGGUUAAUACAGGGCAAUGCAAUCCCAAGAUCAUGCAGGCCGUCACUGAGUCGAUGCAGCAGAUAACGCUCUCCAAUCUAGCGACACAUACAGCCAGCUGGGGUCCACUCGCCGAGCGCUUAUGCACACGAUUUGGCUACGACAAAGUGAUUGCUGGCACAUCAGGCUCCGAGGCGACUGACCAGGCCGCGAAGAUCGCCCGCAAAUGGGGGAAUGUGCGCAAACACGUUGCAGUGGAUGAAAUGCUGGUCUUUGGCGUCGGCGACUCCUUCCACGGUCUGACUUCUGGAGUUUGGAAUUUGCAGAAUCCGUCUUCGAAACGAAGUGGAUACGGUCUGGAUAACCGAUUGCAGAGCAAUGUCGACCCGAGUACGGGGGAGAGCUUGACGUAUGGUGAUAUCCAGGCUAUUACUCGCUGCCUGGACGCCCAUCACGGAAGAACCGCUGCUGUGAUCAUCGAAUCUCUUCAUGGCGGCUUGUGUACAUCAAUCGAGAUAGCAUACUCCAGGGCCGUGUAUGAUCUUUGUCGAAAGUACAACAUUCUGUUCAUCGCAGAUGAAGUUCGUCAGGGUGCUGGCAAGACUGGUCAAUUCUUUUCCUUUCAGCAUCUUGGCGAAGACGUCAAACCUGAUAUGAUUUGCAUGGGAAAGAGCAUCUCGGGCGGCAUCUAUCCCUGCUCGUACGUCUUGGGAACGGAAGACUGCAUGUCGCUAGUAGGAACAUCCGAAAAUGCCUGCACAUUUGGCUUCACGCCAAUGGGUAUUGCAGCAACAAAUGCCACUCUCGACAUCAUCGACAACCCAGAGUACAUUGCCCGAGGCGCAAGACUUGGAAAGUGGUUUCAAGAAAUCGCCGAUGCUUGGAAGUACCCCUUCAUCACUUCUGCAGUCGGCUGCGGGACAGAUAUGUGCUUCUGGGUCAACGAGAACCAUCUCGACUACCCUGUCACAGCGCGGAAGAUUGGAGCAUUGUGUGUGCAGAAGGGGCUUCUCAUGAUUGUUAUGAAGAACCGUGUUCGCAUGAGUCCGCCUGUCGUACUGACGGACGAUGAGAUGCGAGAAGGGAUGAGGAUUUUGACCGAGGCGUUGGAUGAAGUCUUUGAGUAUGAUGAGGUCCCCGGCGAGUACUGGCCUGGUCCAGAAUGA